GUAGGCAAGCCGUCGAACGUAUAUUCAGCGCCCGCGUGCCACUUUAUAACAACUCGUCGACGACCCUACGAACGCGUAAAGUUUCGCGAUAGACCACAACCGCUGAACCACACACGACUCGUACCGUAUUCCGCCGACUCCGCGUACGCGUAAUUAUAUUUUAGGACUGUUUUUUAAAUUUUUUUUUUUUCGUUAAUUAUUAUUUUUUUCGAAUCUUUUUGAUUUUGUUUUUUUGCAAGUGAAUGACGACAGUUGCCUAGCAGAAGACCAAGGUCUCACACCGAUUCGUGUGAUUUUCGUAUACACAAAAUGUACAUUACAAGAAAAGAAAAUAGUGUCUUAUAUUUAUGAUUUUCUCUGUUGAGGAGCUGAAAGAUUGGAGCGUCGUCAAUACCAGACAAAGAUAGCCAAAAUCUAUUACAUAUGCGUCGCGGGACUUGGAACAUCGAUCAGACUAACUGGUGAUUACAGAAUAACUGAUUCCUGUGAAUCAAAAAUUGAGUCAAAUAUCAAACGGGAAGAUAAAAUGCAACCUCUGUAGGAGGUUUAACGGGCAGUGAUGCUGUUUUUCACAUUUAUUGUCUGUGCAAUAGCCGUCAACAAUGUUUCAUCGAAAAUAGGAUACUUUUGGCACAUCACCGACAUACACUACGACGCGAAUUACGAGGCGACCGCCGAUUACACACAAAGUUGCAAGCGGUCGGCGGUCGAUCAGGAACUGUUGGUUAUGGAAAGGCCCAGUCUGCCGUCCGGCGGCGGUAGACUGGGCGAUUACGGGUGCGAUUCGCCGUGGACGCUGGUCCAGUCCGCUGUGAAGGCAAUGAAGGAGAAGCACGGGGACAACAUCGAAUUCGUGCUGUGGUCCGGAGACUCUGUGUCGUCGGACGUGGCGGACAUGCAUACCCGCGUGAUGGCCAUCCAAAACGUUACUAAUCUGCUCAUACAGACGUUCAGCAGCCAGUUCGUGUUUCCGGUGCUCGGCCACGAUGACCCUGGCGCCUUGAAAAACCAGUUGAUAGACUACACAAGUCUGGGACACUAUUGGCGGCAGUGGUUGCCAACAGACGCCAUACAGACGUUCAACAAAGGAGGUUAUUAUACGAUCGAGCAAAAAGGAAAUAAACUUAGGAUAAUCGCGCUCAAUUCAAAUGCAUUCUCAACAGUAGAAAGACAACGGAACGUCGUCAACCCUAUAGAGCAGCUCGAAUGGUUGGAAAAAAUUUUAUUGAAAUCAGUAAUGAACAAAGAAACAGUGUACCUGGUAAGCCACAUGUGCCCGGGAGCCAACGAAAGAGACCAAGACGAGGCGCCCACGUUCCAAGACGACUACAGCGCGAGCUACUUGGAAAUGAUCCGGAGGUUUGCGCACAUCAUUGUCGGACAGUUUUGCGGUCACCUGCACUCCGACACGUUCCGGAUCGUCUACGACCAACAUAAAAAACCAGUGUCGUGGAUGAUGGUCGCGCCUUCGUUGACGCCCAACAAGUCUCCCGGCGUGUCCAACAACCCUGGUUUGAGAUUGUACAAAUUCAACACGAAUUCGGGCCAUAUUUUAGACUACACGCAGUACUACAUCGAUCUGGAGUCGUCACCCAACGGCGAUCCGGACGACUGGAGGAUCGAGUACAACCUGACGCACUACUACGGACUCCACGAAAUCACGCCCAGGUCUCUGCACGCGAUCGCCGAAACGUUCCAGGACGACGAGUCGGCGCAGUUUGACAGGUACAUCGAGGCCAACUCGGUGCGGCAGUUCAAACCUAAGGAUUGCAAUCUGGAGUGCAGACGAGCGCAGUAUUGCGCCGUCACCGAGCUCGACUACGGUCGGUUUCACAGUUGCGUGGAGACGGCCGCCGAGGCGCUUUCCGGGUCGGUCCGUCCGCGAGGCAACGAGGCACUUUUCGCCGCAACCGUCUUGCUGACCGUCGUGGCGCUCACCCGACGCCGCCACCACUAGCCACUGUCCACCGACCCCACCGACGACGCAAACAACGUCUUCUCAGAGACGUCCUCUCACGCAAACGUAAAAUGAUAUUAUACAACGACGGUAAAUGUCGACUCGACAUUUUUCUCUAUAUCUUUCUCUCUCUAUCUAUAUCUCUCUCUCUCUCUCUCUAUUUAUAUCAUCUCUCACUCUCUAUCUCUCUCUCUCUCUCUCUCUCUCUACAUGUCUCGAUCAUUCGGUCGCAGAUCUCUGUGUGUAUAAUAUUAUAUUUUUUUAGAAAAAACGUGUCACGACUUCCGUCGAAAUCGCGUCGCGACGAUCUAUAAAAAUUAUAUAUAUAUACAUAAUACGACGUUGUCCUAUAUAUUCUACUGCAUUACAAUAUAAUAUACACCCACCCUCCCGCCCCACCAAAGACCACAGGCUUCAAACGCUCGUCUGUUCCCGCCACUGGGUCGAACGCCGCGAGAGACAACGGAACGAGAGCGCGUAAUAUUUUUCCCCCUCACGAGAUGCCGAGUUUGAUUUAUUCCACUCCGUAUCCGUCGGUUUCUUACGUCUGCGGUGGAGACACCUCUACACGAAAAGGAGGGUUUAUUAUUUUUAUUUUUUCCCCCCAUCGAACCCACUGGUUUUUUUUCCUCUCGACUAGACGUCUCGGAUCGUAUAUUUUACCGCCUCGGAUCGGCACACUCCGAUAAUUUAUUAUUUUUACAUCCGUUAACGAGAAAAUAUGGUGCUCAUCCUAUGUACGCAGUAAGCGCCCACAUAAUAUAUACGUAGUUAUAUUAUAUGCGGUUCAGGGCGAUUUUCUUUUCCCGCACCGAUCAAUCUGCUUGAGAUAUUUUACGCUGUCCGUUUAUUAUAGUCCAUAAUAAUAAUGUACUGCACAAUUUUCGUGCCACGUUUUAUUUCCUAUUGCCGACGCCGUCGUUCAAACAUAUUAUGAUUGCCGUGUAAUAUAUUAUAUUUGGAAACCAAUACGUCCUUUGGUAUUUUGCGUGGAGCACAAUAUCAAAAGAAACCAAAUUUGCGUUUCAUAACGUUAUUUACAAAUAAUAAUAUAUUAAAAUAUUAUGUUUUUUAAAGUCAUUACCAUUUAUCCGUCGUAUCGGUAAAAUAAUAUUUAAUCAUCAUAAUAUCGUAAUGUCUCGUCACGUAACUAAAACUUUCAGAGGCGGCAGCUUUUAGUCGGUUGGAAAAUAAAAUAACCUAUUACAAUAACAAUAUUAACAACAAAACAUAUUAUUUUUCGAUAACGACAUAGGUCGGCAUUUAUAAAAAAAAAAAAUAGAAAUAUAAUGGCUAAUCUUACAAAAAAGUCAUUGUGCGCUGUUCAUUACUUACAACGUCAAUACCCUAAUGUAGGAGAUGUUAAGAUAAUGAUAAUAUAAUGGUAAUGGAAAAAAAUCAAAGCAAUUGCAAUAAUAAAUUGAAUUUUAGUCCAUCGAAUCAAACAUGACCAUCGCUGAUCAAAUAUUUAUUUAUUUUAUACCAUAAUAUACAAAAAAAAAUGCAUAAUAAUUGAUCAAAGACAUUCGUGUUCGAUAAUAAUACAGUAUUGCAAAUAUUGAUAUUAAUACCUUUUACUUAAAUUCGUCGCUUUCGAUUGAUUUCGGUAAAAUACAAUUUCUCUCCGGAAGUAUACGAUUAUCUCUACAUAAGACUCUUUUGGAAGCUCAACGAAAAGAAAACAAACACGACCCCGGAAUAAGCGAUAUAAAAUUAAACACACCUUGUAAACACGUAAUUCGUACAUUAUUCAAACCGAGUGAUGUAAAAACCUAUUCACAAAGUUUAAAAACAGCGAAGUCGCGUUCGAUACAUUUUGCUUAAUUUAUUAAUAAAGGUAUACUGUAAGAACGAUGGUACCUAAUAAUAAUAGUAAUAAUAAUAAUAAUAAUAAUAAUAAUACGCUACAAUAAUAAUUAUCACGUUUCAAUCUAUCAAUUCAUACAUUUUUAAUAGAAAUAUUAUUAUUUUGAAUGAAGAAAAUAAGCUGUAUUAAAAUAAUAACGUUACAUAACCGUGUUAAAAAAAAAUAAGCUUGUUCCGAGCUGAAAUUACGACAUUCAUCGAUUUAACCGAAUGAAAUUAUUAUUUUCGUUCGUAACAGCUAUUAUUAGUUUGUGGACACUGGAAACAUAGGUUCAAUCUAUUUUGUUUAAUUAACGAGCGUAUAAUAAUGGUGAAACAUAAUAUCGUAAUAGCUUCGUUGACUUGGAAAAACGCACUUCAUAAUUAUUAUUAUAUGGACUGAAAUAUUGUUGGACAAGUCCGCUGUGUGAGGGUGGAUGAGUGCAACGGCUUUUAAAUAAAAUUAUAUUACCCACCAUAAUAUUAUAAUAUUUAGUUACGCAGAAUGAUAUCGAUACUUCGACACGAUAUCGAUGUAACUAAGUACUUACAUCUAUAUUUAUAUUUUUUUGUUUAUGCAUAUUAUUACAGCAAAUACAUUUAACGAUUAAAUCAUAUUAUACCGCCAAUCAUAAAGGAAGUAGAAUUCAUAAACAGCCAAGUAUUAUUUCAUAUAAUAUAUAAUAUUUUUACGAUUUUAUUUCAAUACAUUUAUAAAAAAAAUGUUUCAUUAUGAGUGAAAAUACUGCAUCCAUAUAAUACGUAGACAGCCAUUAUGCUAGAACAUCUUAUUGUAGGUAUAGUUAUUUAUAAUUUACCUAUAGUAAAAAAAUUAAUGAAAAUAAAAAUCGCCAAUAAAAAUUUUAUUUUCGAUACAACGCGAUAUUGAUAUUUAAUAUUGAUAAGUAAGGAACGAUAUCGAUACCGAAAAAUAGGUAUCGUAUUGUUAGUUGUUUCCGUGCAGCUAUCGUACCAUAUACCACCAGACUGAACCUCGUCGAACUAGGAAAUCCGUCCAUCUCUUUCACUAGAACAUAAUAUUAUUCUGAUAUUCUUGCAAUUACGAUGGAUCAUUAUUUAUUUUAGACAGGCUUAACGUUCGAAAUUUUAUUUUCUUCCAAGCCACGUAAAUUAUCUACGCACUCUGAAGGCGUAUAGUGUGAUAAGUAGCUCUACCAGGAAGAGUCCACUUUGAACAAUUUGAACCGUAAUCUAACAUCGAUAUUUAUGGACAGCUUUGAUUUCGGUUGGUAGUGUACACAAGUUGUUGCAUAAACAAAUGAAAUACAGCGGCUGUCUUAGUAAAUUUUCAUAACGUUCAUAAUUAUUUAUGUUUUUGGCGAUUAUGCUAUCAGUAAAUAUACUAUUAUUAGGGCUACAACACGAAUAAACAUUAUUUUUUUUUUAUUGAAAACUAUGUUAUCACCGAGACCAAAUUUAAAGUCAAAUUUUCUGGUCGUAAAUAAAUACCUACACUUGUAUUAGGUAGUACAAUUAUUAAUAUUAUUAUUAUUACUAUUAAUAUUAUUAUUGGCACUUAUACUAGGACCCGUGUUACCGGAAUAAAAUGAAUUAAAAAUAAAUAUAGAAAGUCGAACCUCGUAAUAUCAUAUUAUAUAUGAAGGUAUAGGUACGAAAUUUCCAUAAAAAAAAAUGUGCCCUCAGUAAUAUCACUAUCGUGCUAUUACUGAAUAUGACUGUUAUUAUUAUUAUUAUUAUUAUUACUAUCGCUGCGCCCGAUACGACUAUAUCGAGGGUGUGAGAGUGUGCAUGUGGCUGUGUUUGUAAGCCCGUGAGAAUAAUGCACGAAUACACUACGUUAUUGUACGAAGUACUAUAUAAUAAUAAUACACACAUGUACAUAAUAUAAUAUUGUUAUUAUUACGUACGUCGUAAAUUCGCAUCUACGCGGAGACGUCGGGGAUUACCGUCGUUUUUCAAUGCUCUCCCUCCGACCACACUCGCUCACCAUCUCGCCGUGAUUCGCUACAUUUAACGUAAUAUUUCUACCGAUGAUGUUGUUACGUGUACUUACGCAAACAGACACACACACACAGACGUAUAAUAUAAUAUUAUUAUGCGCCAACGCCGAGCAGAGAGGUUAUUGUAAAUUGUACAGAGCGAUCGCCGUGACGCGAUUUGGUCGGCACGGUGCAAAAUAUAUAAUAUUCUAAUAUUUUACUGUGUAUUAUAAUAUUCAAGACGCGUCUCCUCUGCAUAAUAACCGAACGUUUGAAUAGUUUUUACGCUUACUAUACCGUAGACAAUCGGCGGCAUGUCCUACAUACCUAAAAUAAUUAUUAUAUCAUAUUAUAAUGACCGUACGCGAUCGUCGGAACAAUUAUUAUUUUCAUCACCGAUAAAACAGAUUAUUGACAACACCAUUAUUCUAUUAUAUUCGUUACCGAGACCAUUUAAAGUCCCGUACUUGUAGCAACACGACGGCUAGGCUACUAGCCGACGCAACUCGCUAGGGACUUGUCUGUAAAAUAUUGAGAUGACGUAUUAUACGUAUGAGCAAUAAUAUAUAAUAUAAAAUCUAAAAUUCAAAUUUAAACUAUUCAAACGUCUGCCGCGAAAGACGACUGCGUCGAUCGAUAUCCGUUGAAACAUUAGGCCUGUUGCCAAUUGCCAUAUUAUAUAAUAUUGUCAUAAAAUAUAAAACAUAUACAACAUUUUGAACACAAUUAUACAGUCGGUGUUUGAACUGAAAAUGUAAAUUAAUUAUUUAGAAAAAUAUUUUUUUUUUCAUUUUAUUUUACCCAAUAAACCAUAAAUUUAUGACCAAAUAAUGAUAUUAUAAUAGUAAGAUUAAAACUAUUAUUACUAUUAUUAUUAUUAUAUUGAUAUGACAUGUUAUUAGCCCAUAAAUAAAUUAUAUGUAUUAUAUUAUAAAAUAAAUAUAUUUGUUGUGGACACCAUUACACAAUUGUAUUUUAUUAUUGAAACCGUUAAGAUAUUCUUCGUGUUUUGAUGUCGUGGAAAUAUGAUAAAUUAAAAUAAGUGAAAUAUAUAAUUAUACAAUUAUUACUAUAAUAAUAAUUAUUAUUAUUAUUAUUAUUAUUAUUAUUACAACUAUACUAUAAAUAUUAUUAUUAAAAAGAAAAAUAUUGUGUUGUUUUAAGUUAUGAAAU